AUGAAGGGGUCAAUUCCGGAAGAGGUAAAGAAGUGUAUUUUUGCUAUCAUAAUGACCACUUCUUUUGGUCGACCGAGAACAUCCCCAAAUCUUUCCUCCGGAGGCGACUUACAGACUUACAGACUCACAGAAUCACAGACACAAGAAUCAAAAACACCCUAUACGAGACAGCAAAUCCUAAUCAUGGUGUAUUUCAAAAAGGGGACAACGUCAGAUGACACGCGUAUCAUCGUUCGCAAUCGCGUCUAUCCCGACCGAAGCGCCAUACUCAAGCUCUACUCGUUUGUUCGGAAUUGGGGGAGUGACAAAAAGUAUCCGACGUUCAGCUACUCUUCCUGGAAACGAGCCCUCAAGAGCCAAUGCGGCUUCUCCUCCUGGAGCCACCGUGUCAGAUGUAAACUCCCGCUUGGUAAAGGCACACAGGAGAUUGUCUAUGUGUCAUGUGAGCAGCAGUUCGCCGCUGCUAUCGAUGCCAUGUCGCAGAGCGGAGCUGAUCUUGAAUUCGAGAUUGUUCAUAAAUACAAAUGGUUCCGUGUGGAGAAGGAUCCCAGUCUGAAUGGACAUCGAAGCCAUGGUGCUAGCAGUAAGCGUGGAUCUAGUUUCUAUGGGGCUGCUGAGAAACUGGGUGACUUUGAGAAAUGCGAUCUAGAUUGA